AUGCAGUUCUCUACCCUCGUCAUCAUUCUCUCGCUGAGCAGCGCUGGUUUCGCUGCCCCGUCCUCUGUGAGCAACAGUUCAUCCGCCGCGCCUCCUCGGCGCCAGGGCCUCACCGCCAAGCGUGCGGCCAACCAGCGCCGCUUCGACUCCGCAUUCUGCGGCGUGGAGUCGGACAACUUCUUCCUCGACUGCCAGGCCGCCGGCGGGGACCUCAACUCGUGCAACAUCGACGCCGACUCGGUCUUCAACGACUGCCUUGAUGGCUUCAUCGCCAAGAAGCGCGCGGCUGCCGCCAAGCGCGACGCUGACGAGCACCAGAACCACCGCCGCUUCGACGAAGCCUUCUGCGGCGUGGAGUCGGACAACGAAUUCCUCGACUGCCGGGCCGUGGGCGGCGACAUUGACUCGUGCAACAUCAAUGCCGACCUGGUCUUUAACGACUGUCUAGAUGGCAUCCUCACUAAGCGCGAUGCUACUAAAGGUGGAAAAAAUGCUAAGCGCGAGAAUCACCGCCGCUUUGAUGAAGCCUUCUGCGGUGGGGAGUCGGACAACUUCCUCCUCGACUGCCUGGCCACCGGCGGCGACCUCAACUCGUGCAACAUCGACGCCGAUUCAGUCUUCAACGACUGCCUUGCUGGCUUCAUCGCUAAGCGUGAUCCUACGAAGCGCGAUGCCGCCACGGACAGGCACGAGAAUCACCGCCGCUUCGACGUCGACUUCUGCACCGACGAGUCGGACAACUUCUUCGCUGACUGCCAGGCCGCCGGCGGGGAUCUCAACUCGUGCAACAUUGACGCUGACUCCGUCUUUAACGACUGCCUGGACGGCUUCAUCGCCAAGAAGCGCGAUGCUGCUGCCGAGCACGAGAACCACCGCCGCCUGGACGCCGCCCUUUGCGCGCAAAAGUCGGACGACUUCUUCUUCAAGUGCCAGGCUGCUGCCCUGGCCGACGGCAAGGACACGGCCCUGUGCUUCAGCGACGCUGAUGCGGUCCGCAACGACUGCUUGAACGCGUCGUGA